CUUUUUUGUUUAAUAGAGCGGUCGCGAGGAGCAGGACGAGGCGGAGGAGAGGAGAUGAAUUCCGGAGUAUGGAUUGCAGAGCAAACCAUGAAAGCAGCAUCGAAGCACGAUAAAGGAGGAAACUCUUCCAUUUCAAUCCAGCAUACAAUGGGUGCUUCGAUUUCAAUCUCCUCCCAUGCGGACAACGAGAGCAACUCAAAUCAGAAAGAAAGCGAGAUGGAGGAGAGGAAGUCGGAGGCGUCGGAUAGGUGCGAAUUAAAAGAUUCCUACAAUGGCCCAAAACGAAGCAUGUGGAGGAGGGAAAGGAAAAUUGCUCUGCUACAAGAUGUUGAUAAGCUGAGGAAGAAGCUUAAGCAUGAAGAGAAUGUCCACAGAGCCUUGGAGAGAGCUUUUACAAGGCCAUUGGGUGCUCUUUCUCGCCUCCCUCCUUUUCUCCCUUCACAAACCUUAGAGCUUCUUGCUGAAGUUGCUGUGUUAGAGGAGGAGGUGGUUAAGCUGGAAGCCCAAGUACUGAAUUUUAGGCAAGGUCUCUACCAGGAGGCCAUCUACAUUUCUUCAACCAAAACAAACAUGGAAAAUGGAGUGGAAAUGUGCCAUGUUGGAUUCCCAUCACAGAAUGCAAAGAAUUCAGAGCAGUACAAAGCUCCCUCUCUUUUAACUGAUUCUAAUCCUUCAAUCAGCUACAAUUCGUCUUCAAUGCGGUGGUCUUCCGAUGGAUAUCUCAACCUGUCUUCCUCUACUCGGUUCUCGAAUGGAAAACAGAUUCCUAAGAAACUCAUUUCUUCAUUUGCUGAAGACCAUAGGGGAAAAGAAAAUCAGUCGAGUAUAAAUACUGCCAUGAAUGUCAAGCAAUCAUUUGUGAAGAAAGCUUCGGGAUCAAGAAUUCUGGAUUCUCAGCCGGAAUGCCACGAAACUGACAAGGAGAGACAACAAGCUCCUCGCAUUCAAGGUAGUUCUAAUGAGAAGGCGUGUGAAGAGAUAAGUGAUGCAAACAAGUUGUCAGAGGAGAUCUUGAGAUGCCUCUUAAGCAUUUUAGCACAGAAUGAGAUGUGUCGAUCAGUAUCAGGCACUUCUGGCACUUCAAAGGAUGUAGACUUUCAGGACCCUUAUGGUAUUUGCAAAGAAUUUGGAUGGAGAGACAUUGGCCCAUACAAACAUCUUCAUGUUUUGGAUUCAAGCUCAAUUGAUACAAAUCUUAUCUCAGAAUUUGCGAUUCGUUCUCAAAAACUAAAGCUACUACUCGGGAAGCUUGCAUCUGUUUUUAUAUCAGAGCUUACUCAACAGCAAAAGCUUGCAUUCUGGAUUAAUGUUUAUAAUUCAUGCAUGAUGAAUGCUUUUCUCGAGAAUGGUAUACCUACUACACCAGAGAUGGUAAUCGCGCUGAUGCCGAAGGCAAUAGUAAAUGUUGGUGGGCAUUUGUUCAGUGCAAUGAUUAUCGAGCACUUCAUACUUAGAUUGCCUUACUAUUGGAAGCAUACCUCACCCAAGCGAUUAAAAGGCGAGGAGGCGACAAGGUGGAGCAUGUUUGGAUUAGAUUGGCCUGAACCAUUGGUCACAUUUGCUCUUUCAUGUGGAAGUUGGUCCUCCCCUGCGGUGAGAGUCUACACUGCUUCUCAAGUAGAGCAGCAGCUUGAAGACAGCAAGAGGGAUUACUUGCAAGCUGCGAUUGGCGUUUCAACGCCGAGCCGAUUGGCAAUACCGAAGCUUUUGGAUUGGUACCUCGUUGAUUUUGCAAAAGAUAUGGAGUCUCUAAUGGAUUGGAUUUGCCUGCAACUGCCAACAGAACUUAGGAAUGAUGCAGUUCAGUGCCUUGAAAUAGGUAGGAAGAGUGCAAUUCCUCAGCCAAUACAAGUGCUUCCAUAUGAGUUCAAAUUCAGAUACCUUUUGGAGCCAUAGCCGUCUCUCUUCAAUUUGCUUAACACAAAUAUGAUCGAACAUUCUCAAGCAUUGUUUGG